CUCUCUCUCUCUCUGUUACCAUUAAGAUAAUUAUUGUACGUUGUUCAUUGUGCGUUUGGCUUUGGGUUCUAUUCUAUAAAGGUUGGAAUUUGAUGCUACUUUGCCGUUUGUUCACGUACCCCUCAACUUGGGUUCUUUUCCGGUUUUCAUUUGCCCAAUUCAACCACAUCAGAUCAGCAUUUGAUGCCAUGGCCUCCACCUCCAGUUAGCUUAUCAAGAGAGAUUCUUUGUGGAGAUAUAUCUUUGGGAUUGCUAGGGUUUUCGGCUGUUGAAAAUUCAGAGAAAUGGGUGGUGAAGAUGGUGAAAUGGGAUUCAAGCAUGGAGAUGAGACAGGGGUCGAAAUGACAUCAAUGCCCUUAUACGCAAAGGUGGAUCCUUUCUUUCCUUCUGCAGAUUGGGAUCCUGUCGUGUCUGCAAUGGUCUCGAGCAAUGGCUUCUCAAGUUCUCAUUACCCGUCUUUGGUAAUGGAGAAUCCAGGGAUGAGCGGCUUUGCUCAUUACCAAACCGGUUCGGGCUCGAGUUAUGCAGACAUGUCGGCUAGCCUUCUUCCUUAUGGAAACGUGCCUGAUUGCAACCGAAUCAGUCAUCGUCUUGGUUCAGACAAGAAAGGCGGAAGUGAAGGGAGACUGAUGAAAUCAGGUGAGGUCCAUGAAGACCAUCAAGUUUCAGGAGACACUGUUCUUGGUGCUUCAACUUGCAGAAAAAGAAGGCAACCCGAUUCAGAAAUGGUCCCUUCUUCACGAUGGAACAAGAAAGCUGUGGAGGAAAUUCGAAAGGACGAUCGGAUGGAAGAAGAUCAAAGCCAGAAGAAAAUGGAAUCUGAGAGGAACAUGUUUGAAGAUUCCGGUGGAAAGACACCGACAAAGGAGAUGAUGAACGAGGAGAACUCGCAGAGCGGAGAAGCUCCUAAAGAAAACUACAUUCAUGUCAGGGCAAGAAGGGGUCAGGCAACUAACAGUCACAGCCUUGCAGAAAGGGUUAGAAGAGAAAAGAUCAGUGAACGUAUGAGAUUGCUUCAAGAACUUGUCCCUGGAUGCAACAAGAUCACUGGAAAGGCGGUAAUGCUCGAUGAAAUCAUCAACUACGUCCAGUCGUUACAACAACAGGUCGAGUUUCUGUCCAUGAAGCUUGCGACGGUGAAUCCAGAACUCAACGUCGAUAUAGACAGAGUCCUCGCCAAAGACAUCCUUCUCCCGAGAGACAGAAACAUUCCUAUGCUUGGAAUGAAUCUUCAUCAUCCUUACGGCGCGAUGCCGAACAUCCCCACGAUGCAUCCGCAGUUUAGUCCAUUGUCUCAGACAGCGCUAGACACUGAACUGCAAAGCCUCUACCAAAUGGGGUUUGUUCCAAACUCCACGGAUAUUAACAGUUUCCCACCAAAUGGGAGAUUGAAACCCGAGAUCUAACCCAUCGAAGACGAUAGAUAUAGUCGUCGGAAGCGAUUCAAGAGUCUAAAGAACGAAAAUUUUUACUCUCUUUUCUUUUGUAUAGGUGGUAUUGAUUCUUAUGUCUGUGUUCUUCAACAUUUCUAAGCAGAAGAUAUGGUUUUUGUUCCACUUUCUGAUUGAUGUUUGGUUCCAUAUUUGUACCUGUAGAGCUUGGUUUCAUGAGUUUGUAAGAUUGUUUGGCUCACACUACCUAUUGAAAUGAAGUUCAUUUUGUUCAAUUUAUA